UCUACGAGUGGCGGGGGGAGGGCCUGCGCCUCUUCCGGGCCUCCCGGGGCCGCGACGUGGGUUGGAGCAUCCUGGACGUCGCCUUCAGCCCCGACGCCUCCAGCCUCUACUCCAGCUGGUCCGACUACAUCCACGUGUACGACAUCUACGGGGACGGGGACAACCACACGGCCCUCGACCUGCGGCCGGAAGAGCGCCGCUUCGCCGUCUUCUCAUUGGCCGUGGGGCCGGACGGGCGGGAGGUGGUGGGCGGAGCCAACGACGGCUGCCUCUACGUCUACGACCGGGAGGUCCAACGCCGCACCCUACGGGUGGAGGCCCACGAGGACGACGUCAACGCGGUGGCGCUGGGGGACGGGGCGGGGCAGCUGCUGCUCUCGGGGGGGGACGACGGCGUCUGCCGGGCCUGGGACCGCCGCUGCCUGGGGGAGGGGCGGCCCCGCCCCGUCGGCCUCCUGGCCGGCCACCGCGACGGCAUCACCUUCCUGCACCCCCGGGGCGACGGGCGCUACCUGGUCUCCAACUCCAAGGACCAGACGGCCAAGCUGUGGGACCUGCGGCGCCCGGCGGGGCCGGGGGGGCUGGCGGCCGCCCGUCGGGCCGUGGCCCGGCAGAGCUGGGACUAUCGCUGGCAGCGGGCGCCCCCCCGCGCCAUGGCGACGGCGCCGCUGCCGGGCGACAGCUCGCUGAUGACGUACCGGGGUCACGCGGUGCUGCACACGCUGCUGCGCUGCCGCCUGGCCCCGCCCCCCGGCCUCUUCCUGGCGGCCGGCAGCGCCUCGGGGGCGGUGCUGGUGUACGACGUGCUGAGUGGGCGGGCCGUGCGGCGGCUGACCAAUCACGGCGCCUGCGUGCGGGACGUCUGCUGGCACCCCCAGGGCGGGGCCCUGGCCACGGCCUCGUGGGACGGCACCGUCCGUCUGUGGGGCUACCGGGAGCCGCAGGACGAGGACGCGGGGGGGGGACGCGGGGUGACACCCCCCCCCCGGCCCCACAGCGUCGCCCCACAAUAAACCGCUGUGACCCCCAA